CAUACAUAACCCCACUUGUCCAUUUUAAACGAACGUCAAUUCUAGCAAUGACUCAUAAUCAAUAACAAUCCUCCACAAUGUUCAACUUCUUCUCAAAACCGGAUCCCAAAGAGGAACAGCGGCAAGUGGACCGACAACUACGUAAAGUGGGGCGAGAUUUGGAAAGGGAUCGUCGAGAACUCGACCGAGAAGAAAAGAAAUUGGAACUAGAGAUUAAAAAGUUAGCCAAAGAGGGAAACAAUGAAGGCUGUAGAUUACUCGCAAAACAACUUGUACAACUACGUAAGCAGAAAAAUAGAUCAUAUGCAGCUACCAGCAAAGUGAGAGGGAUCUCCGCGCAGAACAAGUCAAUGGGGGCUAACGUUAAACUGGCCAACGCCAUGGGGGUCGCCGGAAAAACCAUGUCCGACAUGAACCGGAUAAUGAAACCUGAACAAAUAGCAGCUAAUGUGAACGCGUUUACUAAAGAGUCAAUGAAAAUGGAUAUGACGGACGAAAUGAUAAAUGAUGCCUUAGACGACAUUUUGUCAGAAUCCGGCGACGAAGAGGAAAGCGACCACAUUAUCAAUCAAGUUCUGGACGAAAUCGGUAUUGAAGUUAGCGGGAAAAUGGCGGGGGCGCCUCUGCCUGAAAAAGGAAGGAUUGGGGAAAGUUCCAAAACCAACAAUGGCCUUACUGAUGAGGAAAUUGAGGCACAGUUGGCCAAGUUAAGGGCUUAAUUUUGUAUGUUUAAAAAACACGUUGUUAUAUUUUUUGUUUAUUGAUCACAUAAAGGCUUUGUAUAAAAUGGUGAUAAAAUAAAAUACAAGAUUAAUAAAUUAAAA